AUGAAACUGCAACUGUGUCUCCUUCUCCUCACGGCCGUCGUUUUGGGUGCCUGGAUGGAGGUCAGUUCAGCGGCCGUUCUGCCGGCUACCGAUACGCCGACACCGUUGGGCGCCGCCAAUGGAGGAUAUGGCUACCAGAAGCCCUACUAUAGACCGCAGUAUCGUCCAUACCAGUACAGGCCGCAGUACGGCUAUGGUGGGCAAUAG